AUAACAAAUAAUUUGAGCAACUGGCAUAUGUUCAAGGGUGCAGGACUUUUCAGCAAUGUGACAUGCCCUAAUGAUCAAAGAUGCAACCGCCCCCAUUGUCCAUUCAAACACAGUCCAGUAAACUCAGAACCUAAGAAAGAUCCUCGACCAAAGGCUCUUCUGUUAGCUUCUUCGUCGGGAAACAGAAAACUACCUAGCUAUGCACCUCAAAACUCACCCGCAGAGCCCAAAGUUACAGUUGAUUACAAGCAGCUAAUUCGUGGCUGUAAGUCUUACAAAUCUCCAGGGAAGGAAGCAAAGCCCAAUAAUCUGUUUGAAAAGUUUACUGCACCAAAUGUUCAUUCUGGAUCAGCUUCAAAACCUCGCUCCAGGUCACCUAGGAAACAGUUUGUUCCACCAAAUGUUGAUGAAAAUAAGUAUAGAAACGAAAGGCCCACAUCUGGCAAAGAGAAGAUGCCCCAAAUUAAAAAUCACAUCGCUUCCUCAAAUGUUAGGAAUCAUGAGAUGAAAGGAUCACAUGGAAGUGACAGAGAGAAAGUUGAACGUCAAAAGAAGUCUGGAGAUAAACCUUCUUUAUUUGAGAAGUUGUCUGGUGUAAAGAAGCCUGCAUCUGAGCAGGACUCUCAUUUUUCUUCUGGUUCUGAAAAGAGUGGAGAUGGGUCACCCACUAAUGAUUUCGAGUCUAACAAUGUCAAUGAAUUUCCUCAGUAUGAUGAUAGUAGUCAAGGAAAAAGAGCUGAAGGGUUGGUAUACCGUCCUGGUGUUGGAAUAACUUCUACUGUCUCUGGGAGCAAAACAGUUUCUCCAAAGAAAAAUGAUCAAGCAGACUUAAUCCUGAAUUCAUCCUUAAAUUUUUAUGACCCAUACAACAAUUCAACUCCCACAGCAACAAGUCCUAGUAAAGCUAACUUUAAUGACACAUUUGAAUAUCAGCCAUUCAAGCCUAUCGACAAGCCUUUCUCAAAAACAGUUGAUGUUUAUGAUAAAAAGCAAGCCUUAAACUCUUCGCAAGAAAGUGCAAAUGCUAGUUUAGAGAUUGAAGAAAGCAGCACCCUCUCAGAUAAUGAUGAUGAAACCCUCUUAUCAGAAGAUGAUGAAAUCCCUCUCUCUGAUGAGGAUGAAAUCCCUCAAUUACCUGAAAAUGAUGAACCAUCAGAUGCUGAUGAAUCUAUACAGGAGAUAGAUGAAGUAGUUGAGGUUAAAGUAGUUGAGGUUAAAAAUCGUCCUAAUAAGCUUCCGAUUAAUAAUAUGCUGUCCAACAAAGAAAUAAAUAUAACAAGAGAUGAUGCUGUUUUUGGAAAAAGUGAUCUCUCUCCAGUCAAAGUCAGAAGAACAUUCCAGAAGAAAAAAGCGUCUCCUGAAAUCAUUGAAAUCAUCAAAGAUGAAGAAGAUGUAAUCAUUGAGGCAGCAUUUAAAAAAGAUUUAGAAGAUCAGACUCGCAAGAAAUUGUUUAUUGAGACCGCUCCAAGUUCUUCUAAAAAGUCAGGUAAUUUCAAGGAUGAACUAGAAAAUUCAAGGAGUAAGAGGACAAAAUUGAUUGAAGAUUCACCUGCAAAAAGUUUCGUGUCUCAAAAAAACAGCGCAGAUGAAAGUGACAGCAGAGAAUCGAGCAUAGUCACUCCACAAAAAUCCAUUAAGUCAGGUGAGGAAUCUGAUGUUGAGGAGGAGACAGAAGAAAGGAAAUUGCAAAGGCAACAAAAACUGGAGGAAAUAAAGCUACUUAAGGCAAAGAUAUUCGAAAAACAGUGGAUGCAAUCAAAAGAAUCUUCAAGCUCUAGUGCAUCAAGUAGCUCAAGUGAUAGUGACUCAGAAGUUAGUGGUUCUGAGGGUACAUCAAAGAGUGACCAAUCUGACUCUGACUACACGAUAAAUUCUGAUGUCUCAGUAAAAAGUGAGCCCACUGAAGAAGCCGACACUGAGACUUCUCCUGAAUCCAAUAACUCUGACUCCGAAGUUUUGCCAAAGCGAAAGCGCAAAAGGUUGUCCUCCCCACUUCACAGUCGUGAAAAUACAACUAAAGUUAAGCCUAUCGAAUCUUCUGAGGAACGUAAAGAACGAAAACUACAGUCUAAAAGAAGUAGUUCUAAAAAUUCAUCCCACAAAGAUGCAUCAAAACAUGAUAAGCACUCUUCAAGAAAAAGCAUUCCUAAUCACACUAUCCUGAUAGAAUCUCAACCCUCCUGUAAAUUAAAACGAAAGAAAGAUCCAGAUUCUGGCAGCAGAGAUAGAGUUGAACACAAGGAAAAGGAGAGGACUCACAGGAAGGAGAAGGAACAUCGAAAACAUGGAAGGGAGGGAGAAAACAAGCUAAAGAGAAAACACAAGCUUAAACCUGGAGCUAGUGCAAAUGUGAGGUCCGACCAAAUAAUCCCUCACCAACGUAAAAUUGCUCAAAGAAAGAUGCAGAUAACUGAAAAGUAUGAUGAUCGAAUGUGUAAAAAUAAAGAAGUGGAUAAUCGGAAAACUUUCUAUGGAGCUAAUAAUCCCCUGAUGUCUAAAUAUAAAAAAGAGGAUUUGUCCCACUUUGAUCCACCCACCCCUCCCCCUGAUGAAGAUCCUCAUCGCUAUGGCAACCUUGGCAGAAAGAACCGGGGAAAGAGAGUUGCUCACAAACCGACAGAUACUCACGCUAAAAAACGGGAAAUCGUUGCAAAAUCUCUGGAAAAUAAAGUAAAACACCCUGGGGGACCACGUCUGGACAUAAAAGAGAGGUCACAUGUUCCCGUAGCUAUCAGACAGACACGACUAGACUACUUUAUAACUGAGUACCUGAAGGUGUGGCCCAAUAAGAAACAGAAGUGUUUCGAUCACGGUUUAAAAGCGGAGAGAUCGUGUUUAGAGCGAUGUAAAACAAAACCUCUCUAUGUGAACCUGUGUAGUAAUGAGGUUAAGAAGAUCAGAGAGCUGAAGGCAGCCCACUCUAACGGUGGAGCUAGUGAGAGUAAAACUCUGACCACCAGUAAGAAUACUGUGCAUAUUGCUAAACAACUCAAGUUCCAUCAAGCCAUCGCCAAGUACAAGAUAUCUAAGGAGGAUAUGAAGAAGUACUCGUACCCUGGGUACUACGAAUAUAAACCAGUUGUACUUGAUGGAUUACACUGUGUGAGGUGUAGUACACUGUUUCAGCUGGAGGACGACGGCGAGUAUACUAUUCCCGAGAGAUGUCUGCACCACAACGGUAAGCUGAGGACGCGCAAGUCACGUGGGUUUAAAGGAGAGAUGGAGAGGAGUAGGAUAUACGACUGUUGUGACGCGCAGGAUGGGAGUACUGGGUGCUCGGUGGGCAAGGGUCACGUGUACGACAUUGCAUUCUUACAUAGAGACUGGAGAGGCUAUGUAAAGACGAAGCGCCGCGAAGUAACACCAAGCGUUUGGGGUCUAGAUUGUGAGAUGUGUUACACGGCAGGGGGAGUGGAGCUGACGCGUGUCACUGUCGUGGAUCUAAACGGGGACACUGCCCUCGAUAUGCUCAUCAAACCUCCCCGCAAAGUUCUGGAUUAUAACACCCGGUUCUCUGGUAUUAAAGCCUCAGAUCUGGAGAAUGUAGAGCACACGCUACAAGACGCGCAGCGUGCAGUUAGCCGUCUCAUUUCCUGGGACUGUUUUAUUGUUGGUCACAGCUUGGAGAGCGACCUUCAUGCACUAAAGCUGAUACACAAGAAUGUUGUGGAUACGUCAGUGGUAUAUUUUGAUGGUGUUUACAAAAGGGGACUAGCAGUGCUUUCUGCAGAAACACUUGGCAGAAUCAUUCAAUCUGACGAAGGAGGUCACGACAGCACAGAAGACGCGCUCGCAGCUCUGGAUCUAAUGAAACACAGACUGAAAGUAGCGGACAACGUUAAACUGUGAUAUAAACUAACUUUUUUAUACUACCCCACUCUAUUUAAAACACUACUUGACUAAUGUAUUGAACUCUACACACUCUUUUUUACUGGGAUAUCAGUUCAACUUUGGAGGAGAACUCAGUUUUAUAAUAACUCCACAUUUUAUGAGCAGACCAAUAAAUACCUUUUCAGGUUAUAGAAAAUAAGGACUGAUAAUUCUUUGUUAACCUUUAAAUAUAGAUUUAUUUAGUUCAAGUUUAUAACCCAGUUAUAAUAGAAAUUAUAGUAUUAAAUACACGAUUCUCUCACGUGCUCACCCUAUUUAACGAUAUUAAUUAUAUUCACUUGACAUAUAUUAAUAAAUAAAACUUUAUAAGAUUAUGUAAAUUGUAGAGAAAGAAAUUUAAAGUAACAUUGUCAGACAAUAGCCCACAGUUCUUAUUAAUAAGAUUUUAAUUCAGUUCAUAAGACCAUUCAGUUAAUUAAGUUAAUAAUAUAAUAAAUAUAAGCCCCUAAUAACUAGCAAGGUUAUUCAAUAUUCAAGACUCAAAUGUUGGCUUGAUAAUUAUCAUCUUAUCUAAAUAUAUUGUUGAGAUUAAUGAUUAUAAUUUAUAUUGCUGAAGAUCACUUUUCAUAUCGAGCUACAUUACAUUUUAUUUGAAAUAAGAAAGAGUUUUUUAAAUCGAGUAGUGGUGCGAUUUGUGAGAUGUAGACCUUUUCGGUUCGAAAAUGAUUUCAUGUCACGGUAUUGUUUUUGUAUUUUAAUCUAAUUUAUAGUAAUUGUUAAUUUGCUAAUGAUCAAGGUUUUUACAAUCUAAUGUGUUUAGCAUUACUG